AGCGCAAAAAGACAGUGGAGGAGGGAAAGAGAGAUGUGGAGAGAAAAGAGGAGAGGAAGAUGCAAGGAUCCGCUUCGCUGCUGUAGUUUGAAAGUCUUGCCAAGGGGACUUAGAAGAGCAUUGGUGGUAUAAAUACCCAGCAUAGACAGGAUUAAAAGAGCAACUACUGACUCCAUCAGAGAGGUGUGAAGUGAGAGAGAGACAAGCAGAGAGAGAGAGAGAGAGAGAGAGAAUAAAGUGUAAGCAUCAGGAGCGGUGUGUACUGCAGUGUGUCUGUACACACGCAAACAGGAGCUCGCUUUACUACAACACUCAACUUGGGAGACAAGAACUGUCACUUCUCAACCAGCGUCAAGUGAACUCUUUCACUCGAACACCAUCCUGUCCUUCUCUCUCUCCUUCAGACACGCUCGUACACACAAAUGGAGAAUAUGUCUUGGUGCUGAAGUAUUGCUAAAGUUCAUACUGGGCCACUGGAUUCAUCUGUUUUGCUCUACUGGUCCAUCCAGUCCCACUGGACACGCACCCACAUACAGACACCAUCACAGAGUUCAGGAUCAGUGGAAGAGCACAGUCCAAGUACCAUCAUGAGAGGUGAGGGGCGGCGGACACGACUCUGAGAGACUUCACACGGCUGGGGGCGAGUGGCGCAUUAAAAAUACAGGUCCCACAAGAGCUUUCUGGUCUCAGCUAGUGCUGUAAAUCAAUACCCGAGCUCUCUGAUUUCUUCAUCAAGACAUUGCUACAAAUGGAAUGGGUUUCUUGAGCACUUGCUGACCGGAAGCCGCACUCCAGAGGAUGCUAUUUUUGUGGACAUCUGAAGUCUGUUUCACACUGCGGCUCUGAAAACACACCGGAUGACUAAAUCGGUAUAUUUAUAUAUAUAUAUAUAUAUAUGUGCAUAGUUGAUAAAGCUGAUAAGUCUUUCAACCACCUGUCAAUGUUCUUUUUUUACACUUAUGCUGACACUUCCUUCAAAGCUUUUGGCACUUCAGAGAAUAUUCCUAUCAGCUUUGGACUGUCUAAAUCGCAGCUAUUUUUAUUCCACUCUACAUAUUUAGAUAAAAGUCUCCCACUACACAAUUCCGUUCAAAACAUUUCAGUCCUCUCAUCUGAAUUUGUGAGAGCAGAAGGGAGGUUCACGCUUAAAAACUUCAUUAUUUCACAACCUGUCUACAGUCUGUUGCUAAUCACGGUUUUCCAUCAUCAGAAGUGACUUCCAUCUUUUUUCAUGUAAAAUGAAGCACAUUAGCAUAUUUAUGGGCUGAGAUAUAUCCAAUUGCGUACAACGUGCUACAUGGAUCUUGCAUUCAGUCAUCAAGCGAAGGAGCAAAUAGCUUCUGACAUGUGAAGAAAAUGGAAUAUUCAAGAGCUCUGUGCACUUAAACACAUGGACUAAAAUCAUGGUUGCAAGCUGGGAGGAGAUGGAGGAGCACAUGAGUUAGUUUCCCCAUUAAGGUUUAUGCUUGUAUCUGUGUGAAAUCAACCAUAAAUUGUUAUGUUACUGCUUUCAUAUAUAUGACAUAUUCCUAAGAGUAAAAUAGUUGGCCAGAUCAGCCGGGAAGCAUUAGUUGAUGUCAAAUCCAGAUCUGGGAAAAUGGAGAAUCUGGAUGAACUAGAACAUCCAUUGUUGGGUGACAGCAGCCCCAUAAACUCAAGUGAAACAGGCACUAGUGGUAGUGGACUGUUCAAAAGCAUAUUGAUGAGAAAUGAGGAGGACAAAAGACUGCCCCCUCUGGACUGGAGGAAUUAUUGCCGUUCUAAAGACAUUCAACAGCAGCAGCUACUGGAUCCAUGUUCAUUGCCUAGCACUCUAGAGACUCUUUAUCCUCCUACUUCCAUUUGGGCCGCUGCUGAUUCCUUGGGCAUCCACAGUAAGGAGUAUCUGGAAACCACUUUUGUGGACAUUGGCCCUGGUUCACCAUUGGAAAGGAAGUUACUGGCAGAGACAAGAGAUAUCCAUAGUGUAUCCUACAGCAUGGAAGACGGGGAUGACUUUUUGCCAGACUUUGAGGACUCCUCCAGUGAUGACUUCAGUGAUACAGACAGUGAAAGCAACUUUCCCAUCAUGAUCCCUCAAGAUUACCUGGGCCUGGCUUUCUUCUCCAUGCUCUGUUGUUUCUGGCCUCUGGGCAUUGCUGCGUUCUAUCUUUCCCAAAAGACGAACAAAGCAUCAGCACAAGGAGAUUUCCAGGGUGCUAGUGCGGCAUCUCGUCAGGCUCUGUGGCUCUCUAUCCUUUCAAUCGUGUUCGGAAUCAUCACUUACAUCUGCGCCAUCGCUGCCCUGAUCUCCUAUCUGUCCGGGAAACCACCUUAAAGACUACUGCAUCGGUAUCCUCUCUCAAUUCUUCCAGAAACGCACCUCCCUGGCUCCUAAUUACACAAACCGCUGCUCCUUAUAUACUUACAUUCAUCUACACCUGUAAUAAGCACAUUAGUUUGGCAGAGACGCCACCUUUGUAACAUUUUCUGCCAGUUCACAGCUGCAAUAUUAGAUUAAAAAAUGUAAAUCACUACAUUUGGAAAGAGGGUAGUUUCAGCUGAAAUGUUUGUAUUUGGGUCAAAAAAAUAUGACACCCAAUUCAGAAAGAGAGACCUGCGCUCUGUCUUGGCACUUGUGUCUAAGUUGGCAGGGGAGGGAGUGAUUGGGGCCUAAGGGUUUGUUAGAAGGGAACAAGACAAGGACUGUGAGAUCAGGAGAUCACAACGGACUUGGCUGUGAAACAGCAGGACGUGCCCUCCGAGACACAUGACUCCAGCAAACUGGGUCAUUUUCUAUCUGAGCUCUAAAGCUGGUCAUUGAACCACUCUCCAAAUUGAAAACACCACAGUAAAUGACUUUAGAACUCUAUUGGAAAAUGUCAGAUAGAAAACAAGUGCAAGUUCAGACAGAUUCUGUAAAUAUGAGGAUGCAUAACAAAUAUGCAGACAAAAGUUCAAUGCGAUGAGGGAAACACACACAUAUACGCUGCAGAGUCAUGCUGUUAUGCGAAGCUUCUCCUACAGGAUCCUAUUCAUAGCUUCAUAAAUGUAGACUCUCCACCUACUGUACCAACAAAACUGUAUGGAGACAUUUCAUAUGAUUCAGCUAAACCAUGCCUGCAAACUCUGGAAAAAUGGCAAAAAUGAUGAUGAAGCAGGAAUCGGGCCAGAUUCACCAAACAUUAUUAAA